GGCAGCCAGGAAGAAGCUGUGAAAAAGGGAGCGGACCGUUAUGUGCCUGUUUCUUUAACCUAGCUUCACAAGUUUUCUUCUGGACUCGAAGUUCCAGAGGUUACAAUUUGGGAACAAAAAUGUUUACCGAAGUGGGUUUGUCACAGCUUUAGUGUUUUUAGCCUUUGACAGUAUCAGGUAGUUUGUUGAACGGCCACGUUGCGUUAUUAAACGUGUCUUUUCGUAUUUUAUUCGUGUUGAAUUACUCAAACAUUGCUAUAUUAGCUAGCGUUUGAUCACAUUUUUGUUGCUUGUCACAACUACGUAAAUACGUUUAUUUUUGUAGCUGUAGCUGUGUGGUAAUGUAAUGAAAAUAACAUCACAGCCGUUUUAGUCUCGGUAGAAAUAAAAAUGUCCCUCCGCGUCCUGUUUUCCAUCGCGCAGUAGCAGCUAUGCUCAUUAGAAAAGGCUAAUAUCUUCAAUCUUCGCCAUUAUGGGCACCGCAUCCUCUUUGGUCAGCCCAGGAGAGGUGAUUGAGGAUGGAUAUGGCGGUGAGAGAGGGGAAGCCUGUGAGAUACCCGUUGAGGUUAAGCCCAAAGCCCGACUCCUUCGCAGCUCCUUCCGCCGCGGACCUCGGGUUAUCGGGGCCAGUUUCAAAUCCACGGGGUCCGUGGAUCUGGAGUAUGCAGCGGAGUAUGAGAGACUCCGUAAGGAGUAUGAAAUCUUUCGCGUCAGCAAGAAUAACGAGAUCACAUCCAUGCAGAAGAAGGAGGCCAAGCUGGACGAGGAGAACAAGAGGCUAAGAGCUGAGUUGCAGGCUCUUCAGAAAACCUACCAGAAGAUUCUCAGAGAGAAAGAGGCUGCUCUUGAGGCGAAGUACCAAGCUAUGGAGAGGGCUGCCACUUUUGAGCAUGACAGGGACAAAGUAAAACGGCAGUUUAAGAUUUUCCGUGAGACAAAAGAGAAAGAGAUACAAGAUCUGCUGCGUGCAAAGAGGGAUCUCGAGGCCAAAUUGCAGCAGUUGCAGACUCAGGGUAUCCACAUUUUUGGUCCCAAUGACUCUGACUCAGAUGAUAACCAAACCACUGUGACGGCUGUAGGAACUCAGUGUGAAUACUGGACUGGUGGUGUGCUGGGAAGUGAGCCCUCUAUGGGUAGCAUGAUGCAGCUGCAACAGACAUUCAGAGGACCUGAGUUUGCACACAGUUUAAUAGAUGUGGAAGGACCCUUUGCAAAUGUUAGCAGAGAUGACUGGGAUGCUGCAGUGGCCAGUCUACUCCAGGUGUCACCUCAUGUGCCCCAGGCCUUAUGGAGUAACACUGUGCGCUGCUACCUAAUCUCCACACAAGAUACCAAAGCUGAGCUGGAUAUCUUUAAGAAACACUCUUCAGUGCUACGGAGAAUGUGUGAGAGCCUGGGCCAUUUCUACCUAAACGUUUACUUUCCAGAGGAGGACGCUGCUUCAUACGCCACGGUGCGAAAGCAGGAGAUCGAGCGGAGUUCGGUGUGUGUGCUCCUUCUCAAAUCCACCGUCACAAGCUCUGUGGUUGAAGACUGUGAGGAGGCUUUUGUUAAGAACCCGGAUGGACAUCCAUUGGUGCUGUACCUUAGGACUGAAGAGGACAACAGUUUGACUGGGCCCAUCAGGCAGCUGUUGGAAAGGGUUAAUGCAGCAGACCAGGCUGCCAAAGUCAAGGUGGUGGAUCACAGCAGCUCUGCAGAGGAAGGGGCUAAGCUGAUUUAUACUCAACUAGAGAAGGUCAUCAAGCAGGAAUUGUUGGGUUCUGAAGGAGCAGAUGAUGACUCAAAGGACUCUGCCAUAGACGAGGGGCGUGAGGAAGACUUGGGAGACGUGCUUUGGGACCUACAUGACGAACAGGAGCAGAUUGAGUCCUACCAGCAGGCUUGCAGCAGCACCACCUCCCAUUUAGGCUUCCAAAAGUAUAUAGACCGUUUAAACGACAUGAUAGCUGCCCCCCCUCCCACACCGCCUCUGCUGGUGUCUGGGGGUCCGGGUUCAGGAAAGUCUCUCUUGCUUUCCAAAUGGAUUGAGCUGCAGCAGAAGCAAUCCCCCAGCACUUUGUUCCUUUAUCAUUUCGUCGGCCGCCCACUUUCCAUAAGCUCGGAGCCAGUUGUCAUUAUCAAACGCCUCACAGUAAAGUUGCUGCAGCACUUUUGGUCCAUUUCUGGUUUAUCCAUGGAUCCCAGUAAGAUUUUGGAAGAGUUUCCUCGCUGGCUGGAGAGACUAUCUGCACGGCAUCAAGGAAAUAUCAUCAUCAUUAUUGACUCAAUUGACCAAAUACAGCAAGCAGAAAGGCACAUGAAGUGGCUGAUUGACCCUCUUCCUGUCAAUGUCAGAGUGGUCGUAUCUGUCAAUGUAGAGACGUGUCCUGAGGCUUGGAGGUUGUGGCCCACACUUCAUUUGGACCCACUCAGUCCCAGAGAAGUCAAGAAUGUAGUCAGUGCAGAGUGUCAGGCCGCGGAUCUCAGACUCACCAAGGAUCAGGAGAAAAAGCUGGAAAGGCACUGUCGCUCCGCAUCGACAUGCAACGCGUUAUAUGUCACACUGUUGGCAAGGAUGAUCACCAGCUUAAGAUCUGGCUGGUCCUUGGAGAAGAGCCUGGAACAGUGUCUGCAGUGUCAGGACACCUUGUCCCUCUAUCGCCUGGCACUAAAAAUGAUCUUAAAAUUCCUCAACACAGACAGAGAGAAGCACAUCAUGAAAGAGAUGCUGUGCCUUGUAUUUUCCAGCCACAAUGGAGUUAGUGAAUCAGAGGCGUUAGAUCUUUUCCCAGAGCUAGAGUGGCCUGCUCUGUCUUCUCUGCUCUACCACCUGAACAGGGUCUGCAUUGUGACGCUCCGCUGUGGACUCAUCAGGUUUGAGCACAUGCAGGCUUGUGAAGCUGUGAGGCUGGAGUUCCUAGGUGGAGGAAGUGGCUGUGCUUCUUACAGAGAUAAACUAAUCCAUUACUUCAAUCAGCAGCUCAGCCAGGACUGCGUCACAUGGCGGGUUGCAGAUGAGCUCCCCUGGCUGCUCCAACAGCAGGAGGACAAAACUAAACUUCAGCUCAGCCUUUUGAACCUGUUUGUCUCCCAAAACCUUUACAAGAGGGGUCAUUUCUCUGAACUGCUGGCCUAUUGGCAGUAUGUGGGCAAAGACAAAAGCUCCAUGGCAACUGAAUACUUUGACUCCCUAAAACGUUACGAGAAGAGCUGUGAGAGUGAAGACGGUAUGACCAAACUUGCAAACCUUUAUGAGACUUUAGGUCGCUUUCUCAAAGACCUGGGCCUUCCAAGUCAGGCUGUUGCCCCUUUACAAAGGUCUCUUGAGAUCAGAGAGACGGCCCUGGACCCAGACCAUCCCAGCGUUGCACGCUCUCUGCACCAGCUGGCUGGGGUUUAUGUCCAGUGGAAGAAGUAUGGGAACGCUGAACAGCUGUACAAGCAAGCUCUUGAGAUAAGCGAGAACGCCUACGGCGCCGAGCAUGUUACUGUGGCACAAGAGCUGGAGUCACUCGCUAUGCUCUAUCAGAAGCAAAACAAGUAUGAACAAGCUGAGAAACUCCGGAAGAGGUCGGUAAGGAUUCGACAAAAGACAGCGCGACAAAAAGGUCACAUGUAUGGCUUCACUUUGUUGAGGCGUAAAGCCCUCCAGCUGGAGGAGCUGACCCUGGGGAAGGACUCUGCAGACUGUGCUAAGACACUCAACGAACUGGGUGUCCUUUACUACCUCCAAAACAACCUGGAUGCUGCCAAGGUGUUCCUGACCCGUUCUCUGGAGAUGCGCCAAUGCGUCCUUGGUCCGGAUCACCCAGACUGCGCUCAGUCUCUCAACAACCUGGCCGCGCUCCACACAGAAAGGAGGGAGUACGAAACUGCUGAGGACAUGUACGAGAGGGCGCUGGAGAUCCGCAGGAAAGCCCUGUCACCAGACCACCCUUCUCUGGCAUACACUCUCAAGCACUUGGCCAUGCUCUAUAAACGCAGAGGCAAGCUGGAGAAGGCCGUUCCACUUUAUGUGCUUUCAUUGGAAAUCAGGGAAAAAAGUUUUGGUCCCAAACACCCGAGUGUGGCCACAGCACUGGUGAACCUCGCUGUACUCUACUGCCAGCUGAAGAAGCACAGUGAGGCCUUGCCACUUUAUGAACGAGCACUGAAAGUCUAUGAAGAUAGUUUGGGCCGCUCACAUCCACGAGUUGGAGAAACCCUGAAAAACCUUGCUGUGCUAAGUUAUGAGAAAGGUGACUUUGAGAGGGCGGCAGAGCUUUAUAAGUGUGCGAUGGAGAUUAAAGAAGCAGAGCCAUCAUUGUUGUGUGGCAACGCACCAUCAUACCAUUCCUCCAGCGGAGACACGUUCAGUCUGAAAACACCGGCUUCCCUACCACAUGCUGCGAGGUGACUCUGGGAAUCACUGCAGGUUGUUUUGCAAUAGAACAGCUGAAAUGUAAAACCAUUCACUGAUAGGUACAAUACUUUGUAAAGGCACAAGCAGGUGGGGAUGCAGUAUAUAGAGGAGAAACCAAAGCACAGAAAAAUAAUGGUACGCUGAAGGAUUUCUUCCACACAAACUUCUGUUAAAUUCAGGAUAAAGUUACUGGUGAUUUAUUUUUGACUUUUUUCCACAGUGCUUUGUGCACAUUUAAUUCAAAGCAAGAGGAGCGACUAUGCCAAAAAAUGCUCCCGUUUUCCAGGACACUGUUUUUCUCUGCCACUCUUACAGGCACAGGUCUCCAACCUCUGAUGUUAUGCAAGCCUUUCUGAUUAUUAAUAACCAGCACUAACUGUACACCUUUCUUCACUUUUAAUCUGAGCAAGCCGUUCUCUAAAUAUUUUGUAUCACAACAACACUAAUAUAAAGAAAAGCUAUUCUCAAUGCUGUGGAUGUUUGUUAAAUCUUUUUUAAUACGUCCUUUCAGAAGUUUGGUAGAUUAUUUCUUUGUAUAAAAGUUCCCUGAAAAUGUGCCAAUUAACACUUUUAUUGCUUUCUGAUGUAGGUUUUUAUGCAAUUUCAGUAAUUUUAUGAUAGUAAAGAGUAAAUAACACUAAUAAAUUGGUAAAACAGGAGAUUUGCUUAUGAAAUUUAAACUCACUGCCCUCUAAUAACCAACAGAACCAUGAGAUCUUAAGCACUUAAAUUAUAUAGUUUACAUAUUUCAGAGCUGUCUGUUUUGUAUAAUCCUAAAUGCAUUUUUAGAGUGAAGAAUGUGUUAUUGUAAAUUAUGUUAAAGCACAUCUUAUGUUCACCUAACCGUAAUGGUGUAUGGAAUAUUAAAAGGCCAAAGUUCAAAACAA